AUUUACCCUCUUUGGUGCCUCCCUUCCUUCCUUCAUUGACACUCAUUUCCAGAUUCACAUCACAAUUGUGUUACCAAAUCAAACAUAAAUGGGAAUUAUAGGUGAAGAGUUCUUCAAAGAGAGAAAAUACCCCUUCAUCUUAACUCUCUUGGGUUUGUUCUUUUUCGUCGGUGUCCUCAUUUUCACUAACACAACCAACACCACCAUCUCCACCUUCAACCCUUUUGUUCUAUCCUCCAAUAAUGUCCAAAACCAACCACCAUCUCUACUUGACCCUCUCCCUGCACCCCAACAUGAUCAUCAUGCACCUCCUCCUGCAAUUACUAAUCAAAGCCAACAAGAGCAAGAGAAAGAGGCUGUUCUUAUUGAUUGGAAGCUUUGUAAGGGACCUUUGGCGGUGGAUUAUAUACCCUGUUUGGAUAAUUGGGAAGCCAUUAAGGCCCUCAAGUCAAGGAAGCACAUGGAACACAGGGAGAGGCAUUGCCCUCAGAACACUCUCAAGUGUUUGCUGCCACUUCCCAAAGGGUAUAGAUUUCCGGUUCCGUGGCCUAAGAGCAGGGACAUGAUUUGGUAUGAUAAUGUCCCUCAUCCAAAGCUAGUUGAGUACAAGAAGGACCAGCACUGGGUGGUGAAGUCCGGCGAAUAUCUUGUCUUUCCAGGUGGUGGUACUCAAUUUAAAGAUGGAGUUGAUCAUUACAUUCAGUUCAUGGAGGAGACAUUACCCAAAAUUCAAUGGGGAAAGCAUAUGAGGGUUGUUCUAGACGUUGGCUGUGGUGUUGCUAGCUUUGGUGGUUAUCUGCUGGACAAAAAUGUCAUUACCAUGUCAUUUGCUCCAAAGGAUGAACAUGAAGCUCAGAUACAGUUUGCUUUGGAGCGAGGAAUUCCUGCAACUCUUUCUGUCAUUGGAACACAAAAGUUGACUUUUCCUGAUAAUGCUUUUGACAUGAUCCAUUGUGCACGCUGCAGGGUUCAUUGGGAAGCAGAUGGUGGGAAACCACUAUACGAACUCAAUAGGAUUCUCAGACCAGGAGGCUUCUUUGCAUGGUCUGCAACUCCAGUUUAUCGCAACAACGAAAAGGAUCAGCAAAUAUGGAGUGUGAUGGUGGAAAUAACCAAAGCUAUGUGCUGGUCGGUUGUGGCUAAUGCCCGUGAUUCAGCUGGAAUCGGGCUUGUUAUCUACCAGAAGCCCACCUCUUCUUCCUGCUAUGAGAAUCGCAAAGAGAAAAUUCCUCCUUUAUGCGAAAAUAAGGACUCGAAAAAUAGUUCAUGGUAUGCCAAACUCGAUAGUUGCCUGACUCCUCUCCCAGUCGAUGGUAUCGGUGAACUGCAGAGCUGGCCCAUGCCUUGGCCCCAGAGACUUAACAGUAAGCCUCCGAGCUUACUUGACUCGGAUGCUACUGACGAGUUUUACAAGGACAGCAAACACUGGUCUCAAUUAGUUUCAGAUGUUUAUGCAGAAGGUCUUUCAAUAAAAUGGUCAAGUAUACGAAAUGUGAUGGACAUGAAUGCUGGUUAUGCAGGAUUUGCCUCUGCACUCAUUGAUCUACCAGUGUGGGUGAUGAAUGUCGUACCGAUUGACGUGUCGGAUACUCUUUCAGUUAUAUACGACAGAGGGUUAAUAGGAAUGUAUCAUGAUUGGUGCGAAUCCUUCAACACUUAUCCUCGCACGUAUGAUCUCCUCCAUUCUAGUUUUCUCUUCCAAUAUGUUGAGAAAAGAUGCGAUAUUGUAGAUGUGGUUGCGGAGAUCGAUCGCAUAUUGAGACCAGAUGGAUAUUUGGUGGUUCGUGACUCUCUGGAGAUUCUAAACAAACUGACCCCAGUAUUACAUUCGCUUCACUGGUCUGUAUCAUUGCAUCAAAAUCAGUUUCUUGUUGGUAAGAAGAGUUUCUGGCGCCCCACGGCUUUUGAAUAGGGUUUGGUUGCUGCUGCUCAGGCUUGUUUUUCAACCUCAACCAAUUAUGAGUGUAAGAAAUUCGCUGACAAUUGAAUUUAUUUUUAGUCAAUAUAGAGAAGGAUACCCCAAAUUUAUUUGCAGUAUGAUUACCUUUUGAUGUAAACUUGAGUACUUUGUUUACAUAUACAUCACAGGUUUUCCAGGUUCAGUAAAAUUAAGUUCAUAGAGAGAACUUGUGUUUUGCUCUUUGUAACAUCCUGGAACAGGGGCAUGAGAACAAU